AUGACAGGCGAUAUUCAGCACAUCGGGGAACCGAUUGCCAUCGUGGGAAGUGCUUGCCGGUUUCCUGGCGAUGCAACAACACCCUCCAAGCUAUGGGACUUGCUCAAAGCGCCUCGAGAUGUUCUUAGCGAGAUUCCAGAAAGCCGCUUCAGCACCAAAGCCUUCUACCACCCCGAUGGCCUUCACCAUGGCACUACGAAUGUUCGACACUCCUAUUUGCUGUCCGACGACCAUCGACUCUUUGACGCCCAAUUCUUUGGAACCAAACCAGUGGAAGCGAACUCGAUCGACCCCCAACAAAGGCUGUUGCUCGAAACUGUCUACGAGGGACUUGAAACCUCUGGUAUUCCUAUGGAAAAGCUCCAAGGGUCCAACACCGCUGUAUAUGUUGGUUUGAUGACCAAUGACUAUGCCGAUAUGCUAGGUCGGGAUGUGCAGAACUUUCCGACUUAUUUUGCAUCGGGAACUGCUCGAAGCAUUCUUUCUAAUCGAGUAUCCUACUUUUUCGACUGGCGCGGACCUUCCAUGACCAUCGACACGGCGUGUUCUUCUAGUCUGGUUGCCCUACACCAGGCUGUACAGAGCUUGCGAAGUGGCGAGACUGAUGUUGCGGUGGCAGCAGGAACUAAUCUCCUGCUGGGACCGGAGCAAUACAUUGCAGAGAGCAAGUUGAAAAUGCUCUCCCCAACCGGCCGCUCGCGCAUGUGGGAUAAAGGCGCAGAUGGAUAUGCACGUGGUGACGGAAUCGCUGCCGUCAUCCUCAAACCGUUGAGUGCAGCAUUGGCGGAUGGGGAUCACAUCGAGUGCAUCGUUCGGGAGACAGGUGCCAAUCAAGACGGUCGAACCAAAGGAAUUACAAUGCCAAACCCUAUGGCUCAAGCAGAGCUGAUUCGGACGACAUAUGCUCGAGCUGGACUCGAUCUUUCCAAACCCACCGACCGACCACAAUAUUUCGAGGCUCAUGGUACCGGAACUCCGGCAGGUGACCCUGUCGAAGCGGAGGCCAUAAGCACUGCAUUCUUUGGACAAGCAGCCAAAUACCAGCGUGAUGGUAACCAGGAGGACCCCUUGUAUGUUGGGUCCAUCAAAACCGUGAUUGGUCACACCGAGGGCACGGCUGGAUUGGCAGCCGUCCUCAAAGCAUCGCUUGCUUUACAGCAUGCUGUCAUCCCACCAAAUCUAUUGCUCAAUGAGUUGAGUUCGACAGUACGCCCCUUCUAUAACGACCUUCAAAUCCUUCAAGUCGCGAAAGAAUGGCCUCGACUCCCAGAGAACACCCCUCGCCGUGCGAGUGUCAACAGCUUUGGCUUUGGUGGUGCAAAUGCGCACGCAAUUUUGGAAGGAUUUGAUGCGCGCCUGCUUGCUCGUGGUCGGAACAGCGCAAAUAGCAGCUCCGUCACAGUGUCACCAUUCAACUUCUCUGCUUCAUCCGAAAAAUCGCUUCUCGCCAACAUUGCAGCAUACUCGGGUUAUCUGCGAAAUCAUUCAGAUGUCAAUAUUCGUGACUUGUCAUGGACUUUGAACUCUCGGCGUUCAACUUUGCCAGUACGGCUGUCGGUAUCCGCAUCCAGCCCAGGAGAGCUUGCUGCAAGGCUGGAUGAAGCCGUAGGAUCCUCGAAAAUAACACCAAGCACGCAGACGGGAAGUAUCCGUCAACCAAAACUCCUUGGAGUGUUCACAGGCCAAGGAGCACAGUGGGCGAGAAUGGGUGCCGAGCUGCUCGAAAGCUCACCAAUGGUCAGUGAUUGCAUCGCCCUUCUCGAUCGUUCUUUGCAGGAGCUACCCACGGAGCAUCGCCCUAUUUGGUCGCUAAGGGACGAGCUUGUGAAAGACAAGUCCUCAUCUCGUAUUGGAGAGGCGGCAUUCUCGCAACCUCUUUGUACCGCGGUUCAGAUUACGUUGGUUCAGCUUCUCCGGGCAGCCAAUCUGAAACUCACUGCUGUCGUUGGCCAUUCGUCUGGCGAGAUUGCCGCAGCUUAUGCCGCGGGAUAUGUCAACGAAGAGGAUGCAAUCCGCAUUGCCUAUUAUCGCGGAUGGUCUCUUCAAUACGCAAACGACAAGGAAGGACAAAAAGGAGCAAUGAUGGCCGCAGGAACAUCUUAUGAAGAUGCAAAGGAGCUGUGCGAGAUGCCGUCACUCGAGAACAGAAUUUGCGUGGCGGCUAGCAACUCCUCCGCCAGCGUCACACUUUCCGGCGACGCGGAUGCGAUCGAGGAAGCUAGGGAAAUCCUUGAAGAUGAGAAGAAAUUUGCUCGCAUGUUGAAAGUGGAUAAAGCCUAUCACUCACAUCACAUGCUUUCCUGUUCAGCACCUUAUAUCGCAGCGAUUCGCAAGUGUGGUGUAGCCAUUCAGCGUCCACCGAGUGGCAGUGCUAUCUGGAUCUCUAGUGUAUAUGGCGACGAGAUCGAAAACGUGAAGGAUAAUCUUGCCGACACGUACUGGAGCAACAACAUGGUCAAUCCAGUACUAUUCUCCCAAGCCGUCACUUAUGCAGUUGCUGCAGCUGGGCCAUUUGACAUGGCUUUGGAGAUUGGUCCUCAUCCAGCAUUGAAGGGGCCUGCAAUGCAAACGAUUCAGGAAGUGUCUGGCCAGACAUUGCCUUACACCGGGACCUUGAACCGCGGCAAAAACGACACCGAGGCUCUCUCAUCCGCACUGGGUGCCUUGUGGAUUGCCUUGGGUGAGAGUGUCGUGGAUUUUGCAGGGUUUGAAAUGAAAGCAAUGCAAAAGCAAAACACUCGAACACCACAGCUUAUCAAAGGCCUUCCAUCGUAUUCAUGGGAUCAUGAUCGGGUUUAUUGGCACGAAUCUCGAUCAUCUACCGCAAUCCGCACCGAAAAGGAACCAUUCCACUCCCUACUGGGCGUCAAAUGUCCCGAUGGGACAGACAAUGAGCUGCGCUGGCGCAACUAUCUUCACCCUAGGGAGGUUUCUUGGCUGUCCCAUCACCAGGUCCAAGGUCAAAUGGUAUUCCCUGCAGCUGGGUACAUAUCGGCGGCGGUCGAGGCUGUCAUGAAAAAGUACGGCCUGGAUUCUGUGCAACUGAUCGACUUCCAUGAUGUGGUCAUCGGACAAGCAUUGGUUCUCGAAGAGAACGGGGGAGUGGAAACCAUUUUCAGGCUUUCGGUUGAUCAAGUUCAGGAUAAUACUGUGUCCGCAUCGUUUGCCUGUCAUUCCGACGCUAACAAGGGCUCAUCCAACAUGUCUCUUCAUGCAUCUGCCACCUUGCAAAUUAUUCUGGGUGACCCCAAAUACGAUAUCUUCCCACCACACGCCAAGCCGCAAGGUUCAUUCCUGGAACUAGAAGGCGACCGAUUCUACAACUCAGUUUCCGAGCUUGGAUUUGGCUACACUGGACCCUUCCAGGCGCUUUCCAAUCUGCGCAGAAAAAUGGAUGAGGCAGCGGGUUUGAUCGCUGUUCCAGUGGAAUCCGAAACCGAAAAGCCCUUGAUCAUUCACCCAGCCUCUCUUGAUGGAGCUAUUCAGUCAAUCAUGCUUGCUUAUUCAUUCCCAGGAGAUGGUCGUCUGCGCACACUUUACCUUCCUACUCGGAUCGAUAGGCUUCGUAUCAACCCGAGCGCUUGCGUCGCUCUUGGUGCUCCCGGUGCAGAACUGCCAUUCUAUUCUGCAGUCACGGACGCCCGCUUCGCAGAACUCUCUGGCGAUGUUGAUAUGUUCUCCGCAGACGGAAGACAUACUUUGGUUCAACUUGAAGGACUUCACACCACACCGUUGAGUCCGUUGACAUCCACCAAUGAUGUUCCCUUUUUCACGGAAGUGAUAUGGGAUGUGGAUAGGCCUACCUUGCAGCAACGAAAGGACACUGCAGACAUGCUUCCUCAAGACCGUUCUCUAGGCAUAGAUCUCGAACGCGUCGCCCAUUUCUACUUGAAAAAACUCGAACAUUCGCUUCAGGACUCAGAUCGUGCGAAUGCUACUUGGAACCAUAAACAUCUUCUCUCAUAUGUGGAGCAUUGCACAACGUCCGUUGCCAACGGUGAGCAUAAAUUCGCAAAGCCAGAAUGGGCCAAUGACACCAUGGACAAUAUUACUCCAAUUCUGAACAGUCACUCCGACAGCAUCGACAUCAAAGCGCUGCGUGCAGUUGGCGAAAACCUUUCUGCUGUCAUUCGUGGAGAUAUAAAUUUACUCGAAAUUCUGAUGCAGGACGAUAUGUUAGCGGAAUUUUAUACCAAAACACUUGGCAUAGACGCAUACUUGGAUGCUAUUGCUCAAACGGGUCGCCAGAUCGGCCACAGAUACCCCCAUGUUAACGUUUUGGAGAUUGGAGCCGGUGCUGGCGCCACUUCAGAUCGAGUCAUGCGUGCGAUGGGCUCAUCGUUUGCUUCAUACACAUUCACAGAUAUUUUGGACUCGCAGUUCGACGACGCACGUGAAAGGUUCUCCGAUUAUCAAUCCAGAAUGGCAUUCAAGGCGUUGGACAUUGAGAAAGACAUCGAGGAACAAGGCUAUGAAGAGGCUUGCUUUGACCUUGUCAUUGCCCCUUUGGCCCUGUACGCCACCAGAAAUCUUGAAGCGACUCUCACAAAUGUUCGCCGGCUACUCAAACCUGGUGGUUAUCUGGUUAUGCUCGAACUCACGGACUCCGAUAUCAUGCGCUUCGGGCUCAUUCUUGGUGGCCUACCAGGCUGGUGGUUAGGUUACGAGGAGGGAAGAACAUUGUCCCCUUGUGUAUCGGAGGAGAAAUGGGAAGCACUAAUGCAAAAGGCUGGACUGUCUGGUUUCGAAGCCUUGGCGCCAUCUUCUAGAACUUCGCCUCUGCCAUUUUCCGUCAUGGUCACCCAAGCUGUCGAUCACCGUGUCAAUUUCCUUCGCGAUCCCGUUGCAACCAACCAUAUGACGCUGGGUGUGGACUCAUUGACAAUCAUCGGAGGGAAAACUCCCUUGACUGCUGAUAUGGUCGCCGAUAUCACAACUGCGGUCCGUCCCCACUACAGCAAUAUUUACACAGCCAGCUCUUUGGGCGACCUUGUCUUAACAAACCUGCCUGUAAUGGGAUCAGUGAUUAGUUUGAUUGAAUUGGAUCGGCCAGUGCUGAAGAACAUGUCAUCUGAGGAUCUGAAGUCAUUCCAGGAGCUGUUCAAACAAAGUAAGAAUGUUCUAUGGCUGGGACACGGCGCCCAAGGGGAGAACCCCUAUGGCAACAUGUUUUCUGGAGUUCAACGGACAUUGGCCAUGGAGAUGACUCACCUCCAUAUCCAUUUCCUCAACUUCCAUUCGCUGCAUGAUGCCGAUGCCCAUAUUAUCGCAACGAAGCUCCUCCACCUGGAAGCUACUGAAAUUUGGGAUCAGAGCGGCCAGCUCGAUGGGAUCUUGUGGUCCAACGAGAGGGAGCUGAUGCUGGAGAAUGGACAGUUCAAAGUUCCUCGGUUCCGUCUCAACUCUGGACGAAAUGAUCGAUACAAUUCCUCGAGGCGUCUCAUCAUCAAAGAGGUUGAACGAGCCGGGUCUGUGGUGACCAUUCAACCGAAAGAAAUUGGAUAUCAAAUUGAAGAAAAGGACCGUCGAGUCUCGCCCUCUUUCUCGGAUAAUUUGAAGAUUGAUGUGACUCACUCUUUGCUCCGUGCUGUCCGUAUCACCCCCUCGGACAAUUCCUUCUUGGUGCUUGGAAAAAACACGUCUAAUGGGGAUUAUGUGAUCGCCCUGUCGCAUACACUGGACUCUCAAGUCAGCGUGCCCCAUGGCCUAGCGGUGCGAUGUGGAGAUUCCGAAAGCCUAGGUAUUCGAUCAAUGAUCACCCUCUAUUUCCAUUUCCUUGCUCUCUCUAUGCUGCAACAGCUUCAACCGGGGAAGACUCUCGCUGUGCUGGACCCAGAUUUCUCCCUGUCACCGGUCCUUACAAAAUUCGCAAACGAAAAGGGUGUUCAACUUGUCCUUUUGACAACAAAGGAAGGGCAUUGCUCGUGGCCAUGGAUUCGAAUCCACCAGAACUCCACCCGCCGUGAACUACUAAGCAAGUUACCUGGCAAUAUUUCACGACUCGUCAACAUGGGUGGCAGCUCUGAUGUGACUACACUCUUAAAGACUUGUUUGCCUGUAGGCUGCCAUUUCGAGAGCGAGACUACCCUGACUGCAAACUACUCGCAAUCCCAAUACACCUCAGACAAAGGCCAAUUGGCUAUGCAGCUCCAAAACUCCUGGAACAGAGCACAAUACGACCUGAUGCCAGUCAAUAUGCACAAGUUUGUUUCUUUAGGCCUGCAGGAUCUGAUUCGUGCACAAUCCCCUCUCGCAGACCAGUCUUUAAUUGCAUGGGGUGAAUCACAAUUUGCUGUUCAGGUUCGCCCUGCUACCAAACAGGUUAAAUUUUCAAAGGACAAAACCUACUGGUUAGUUGGACUGACAGGUGGGCUUGGCUUGUCACUUUGUGAGUGGAUGAUCGGGCAGGGCGCACGAUACAUCGCGAUAUCAAGUCGAAAUCCAAAAAUUGGCGACGAAUGGCUGCAACGAAUGGCUGCCAAUGGCUGCACUGUCCGAGUCUUUUCAAAUGACAUAACGAAUCGGGAAUCUGUUCAAGCGACUUAUCGCAACAUCAGCGCAACCAUGCCGCCCGUCGCCGGUGUUGCACAGGGUGCCAUGGUGCUCCAAGACACAAUGUUCAUUGAUUUAGAUCUCCCUCGUCUUGAGAAAGUUCUUGGUCCUAAAGUCGAAGGUAGUAUUUUGCUGGACGAAUUGUUCCCAGAGGACACGUUGGACUUUAUGGUUUUCUUUUCCUCGAUGGCUGCGAUGACAGGAAACCCCGGCCAGGUUGCCUACAAUGCCGCGAAUAUGUUUAUGGCGAGUCUGGCAGCCCAGCGCCGCAACCGUGGCUUGGCAGGACAUGCGAUUAACAUUGGCGCUAUUGUCGGUAACGGCUAUGUGACGCGAGAGCUUAACAUGGGUCAACAAUCAUAUCUUUAUCGAGUCGGCCAUACAUGGAUGUCUGAGCAAGACUUCCAUGAGGUGUUUGCCGAAGGUGUCCUCACCUGCCUGGAGCGUGUAGGGAGCGCUGAGCUGUGCUGUGGACUCAGAAUUGACGAUGAUGAGUCCAAGAGUUGGAUUUCUAACCCAAUCUUCCAACAUCUGGUAUACAAGUCUAGCAAUCUUGUGGUGGCAGACAAGAAAGGGAAAUCUGGCGUGUUGAUAAAAACACGCUUGUUUGAGGCAACUUCGAAUCAGGAAGUUAUUGAGAUCUUGCAAGAUGGCUUUUUGUUGAAGCUCCAGUCGGCCCUUCAGGCUGAUCCAAGUAAGCCUAUGUUGGACAUGAGUCCUGAUGAGCUUGGUGUGGAUUCAUUGGUCGCGGUCGACCUUCGAUCGUGGUUCCUUAAGGAGUUGGGUGUCGACAUGCCGGUGCUGAAAAUCUUCAACGCGGCGUCGAUUCGUGAGCUUUUGGCCACUGCUGCAGAAACUCUGCCACAAGCUUUGAUUCCCAAUUUUAUCCUUGGCGAACAGGCUAUCAAACCACCGGGGCACCAAUCCAAUCCUCCGGUGGUUGCAACAGCUCCCCCCGCAGAUUUGCCGGUGGACAUAAUAGUUCCAGAGACCAGAGCCAGCUCCGUGGAAUUGAAGUUUGCACUACCGGACGCAACAAACGCGUACAGUGGUAGCUCCGCGACGUCUUUGAUCACCGGGGACUCGAACUCUGAAAAGAAUGACGAUACAUCCUCAUCUGUCUUUACUGACGACGGCGAACUGGGCACCUCAAAGCGUGAGAUCCAAAGAACUGUGCCAAUGUCUUACGGGCAGUCGCGUUUCUGGUUUCUAGAACAUCUAAUAGAGGACAAGACUGCAUUCAACAUCACACCGACGUUCGAGUUGUUUGGUCACCUAAAGAUUCACGAAUUUGCGAAUGCUAUACACACCGCUGGUCAACAUCACGAAGCCCUUCGUACUUUCUUCUUCACCGACAACGAGCAAAAUCAUAUGCAAGGCGUUUGGACGAAAUCUUCCUUGCACUUGGAGCAAGCUGAAAUCUCCGAUGAGAUAGAAGUUGAAGAGGCCACUAAACAGAUGAAGGCACACGUGUUUAAUCUUUCUGAUGGCGAGAUCAUGCGCGUUCAGCUACUUUCGCUCAACCAAGAAAAGCACUGGAUAAUCUUCGGCUUCCAUCACAUCAAUAUGGACGGCAUUAGCUUCGAGGUAUUUUGGUCAGACGUGGAAAAGGCAUAUCAAGGCCAAACCCUUUCCGAAGAUGGACUUCAAUAUCCAGACUUUACUAUGCGCCAGCUCCGUGAAUACGAAGAGGGUGCCUGGGCUGGAGAUCUAUCUUACUGGCGAGCACAGUAUAAAGAGGUUCCACCAGCACUUCCUCUUCUUCCAUUUGCCCUACAACACAUGCGGCCAAAGGUUGCUCAAUUUGGGUCUCAUACUACCCAGAUUCGCCUCGAUGCCAGUUUGUCGGGUGCAAUUGACCGAUGUUGCCGGAUGUUCAAAUCAACACCAUUCCACUUCUAUUUGGCUAUCUGGAAGACUCUUCUUCUGCGUUUCUUUGAUCUGAAGGAUGUUUCUAUCGGUCUCGGAGAUGGAAACCGUACGGAAGCCGACGUCCUGCGGAGCAUGGGACUUUUCUUAAACCUCCUUCCUGUGAGGUUCUCUGAACAGCCAGGCCAAUCUUUUGGUGAAUCUCUCAAGGAGGUUCGGAAUAUCACGCAGGGUGCAUUUGCGCACUCACGUGUGCCAUUUGAUGUGAUCUUGACAGAGCUCAACGUUCCGCGAUCUGCAUCGCACAAUCCUCUAUGCCAAACACUCUUCAACUACCGACCCAAGGUCGAGCAAUCACGAAGUUUCUGCGGUUGUGUUGCCGCUGGCGAACUUUUGGGCGGCGGCGAAACUUCGUUUGAUCUAGGUCUGGAUGUUGGCAACGUCGGCGCCGGCGAGACGCUGAUUCACCUAACAGUUCAGAAGACCUUGUAUGGAAUCGAGCAUGCUGAAAUUCUGCUCAGCUCCUAUGUCAAUCUUCUACAGUCUUUUGUUCAAAAUCCAGCGACUCGGGUGACCUGGCCGGCAUUACAUUCCAACGAUGACAUCCAGGAGGCAGUAGCUGCUGGGCGAGGACCGGAGCUGCGAGAAGAAUGGUCUAUGACUAUAGUCCACCGUCUGGAUGAGGUUGCCUCGCGCUAUCCGGACCGUGUUGCAUUGAAGAAUCACGAUGAGAGCUCCUUGACUUAUGCUCAAGUCCAGCGUCGGAUCGAUGUUAUUGCCAACGAGCUCCUAUGCAACGGAGCUGGCACAGACACCCGUGUUGCGGUUUUCCAGUCCCCGAGUGCAGACUGGAUAUGUUCUCUCAUGGCCAUCUUGCGUGUUGGUGGUGCUUACAUUCCAUUGGACAAAAAGGUGGGAAUGGAGAGACUUGCGGUGAUCAUGAAAGAAACACAAGCACCGAUGGUAUUGGUUGACACAAACUCCAUGUCUGACUGUGCACUUUUGCGCACCACGGCGAAACUCAUCGACGUAUCUAGCCUAAGGGGCUCUACUGCGCGCGCCGUCCGAAACAUGGCUGUCCCAAGCCAGACAGCAGUGAUCAUGUACACCAGUGGAUCAACUGGCGUCCCAAAGGGGAUCAUGAUUGCUCAUUCAGCCUAUGCCCACCAUGUUCAGUCAUCCAGUGUCGUCUGGACACUUAAGCAGGGAACAGAGACCAUUCUGCAUCAAUCAUCAUAUGCGUGGGAUGCGUCUCUGUGGCAGAUCAUGGUUUCCCUAUGCUCUGGUGCUACCCUUGUGAUUGCAUGCGAUCUCACACGAGGCGAUCCGGUUGCGAUCACACGACUCAUCGCAUCAGAGAAUGUGACGUGCACCCUUGCGACGCCCACGGAAUAUCUCGGUUGGGUGCGUCAUGGUCGCUCCAACCUGACCAACUCUCGCUUGUCAACAGCAGUAUGCGGUGGUGAAUUCAUGUCCAAUGGCCUGAUCAAAGAGAUUAAGAGUCUUAAUCGCCCGGACCUCAAACUGAUUAAUGGUUAUGGGCCAGCGGAGAUCAGUAUUGCAUGCUCGGGCAAUGAAAUUCCGUACCACCUGCUGGAUUCGACAGCAACCUCUUCCGCGCAGGCUCUUUACACUCUACCGAACUACUCUGUUUACAUUGUCGACGAAAGCUUGAACCCCGUUCCGAUCGGAGUUCCCGGUGAAGUGGUUGUUGGUGGUGCGGGAGUUGCCCAGGGCUAUCUUGACGGCACCAAAACAACUGAACGUUUUUCAAAUGAUCGGUACGCGAGCAAAUUCUUCCGGGAAAAGAACUGGACAACAAUCCACCGCACCGGAGACCACGGAAAGCUCAAUCAAGAUGGCGGUCUUAUUCUCCUCGGGCGCAUGGACGGAGAUAAUCAAAUCAAAUUGAGGGGAAUUCGCAUCAAUAUCGAAGAAAUCGAGACCACGAUCGUCAGUUCUUCAGCUGGAGCUAUCACACAAGCCGUUGUAUCCGUUCGUUCAGAUGCUACUCCAUCUGGGGAUCAAUUCCUUGUUGCCUUUGCUACAAUGGCUACCACACACGAUUCUGAAAAUGCGCUUCAAUACCUCACACGCCUUUCCCACGAGCUGCCACUGCCGCCUCAUAUGCGACCUGCUGCUAUCAUUCCAGUUGAAAGCAUUCCCCAAAACACCUCGGGUAAGACUGAUCGUGUCGUAGUCAGCGGACUUCCCAUUCCGUUGAUUUCAUCCAAGCUGCCUGACGACAACACUCUCACCCAAUCCGAACAGUCACUGCGUCAGCUCUGGCAACAAGCACUACCGCGGGAACUUACUACCUUCCACUCAAUCGAUUCCCAGUCCGACUUUUUCCAUGUUGGUGGAAGUUCACUCGCCCUUGUCAACCUACAAGCUCUAAUCAAGGAGCAUCUCGGUGUGUCUAUGGAAUUGUAUCAACUUUUCGAAGCCAGCAGUCUACGUGCAAUGACGGCCAGGAUCCAAGACAUAUCUCGCCCCGCGAUUGAGCUAGAUGUGAAUUGGGAUACAGAGGUUGAAGUCGCACCCGGCCUCACUUCAUCUCUGAAUUACGGUGGCACUCAUAUUAUCCCCUCGGGAGUCAAGACUGUGGUGCUUACCGGGGCAACUGGUUUCUUUGGCAAAGAAAUACUCCGAGGACUCAUAGAAGAUGAGAAGGUCUCGUUCGUCCAUUGUCUUGCUGUCAGAAAGCGAUCCUCAGAUUUACCUGGACUAUUUGCGCACCCGAAAGUUCAUUUGCAUUAUGGUGAUCUGGGGGCUCCUCAACUUGGACUCUCGGAAUCCGAGGCCAGAUCGAUAUUCUCCUGUGCAGACAUUAUUGUUCACAAUGGCGCGGAUGUGUCUUUCAUGAAAACAUAUCAGACUCUCAAGCUGAUCAAUGUGGCAUCGACAAAGGAACUCGUCAAACUUGCAUUACCCCGGCGUAUUCCAUUCCACUUUGUCUCGUCGGCUGGUGUUGCACGACUUGCUGCCCAAGAAAGCUUCGGGGAGAUGUCUCUAUCACCAUUUCCUCCUCCGUCUCAACCGACAGAUGGCUACAUCGCCGCCAAGUGGGUGAGCGAAGUUUACCUGGAGCGUAUCAACAGCCAAUUCGGGCUCCCCGUAUGGAUACACCGCCCAUCGAGCAUCACCGGUACCGAUGCACCGGAACUUGAUCUUAUGGGUAAUGUCAUGCGAUUCGCCAAAGAAACCCAAAAGUUGCCAGACUCGAGCUUAUGGUCGGGGGUUUUCGAUCUCAUUUCCGUACAGUUGGCCGCAAGCCAACUCCUCGAAGCCGUUCACCAAUCUAGUGUCGGCGAACCAGCUGCAAAGUCUGUGACAUAUCUUUAUGAAUCUGGCGAAACGAAGAUUGGACGUGAUGAGAUUAUGCCCUUGAUGGAGUCGGGCUCGGGGCAACAUUUCCAGGUCGUUUCCCUCGAUGAGUGGGUCAAUGCUGCCGAACAAGCAGGAAUGAGUGUGUUGUUGGGAGAGUACUUGCGCAGGGCCUCCGAUGGGCAAGUCCUCCUCCCCAGGUUGAUUAAAUCUUCCGAGAAUGAGUGA